AGCACUAGUAUCCAUUUUUAGAACGUUUGGUUCGCUCCGGCCCUUUAGUUCGCUUAUGUAUUUGUUGAUUAAUUUGGAUUCAUGCACAUAUGUCUCUCAAAGAGAAUAACAGUUGACGAGAACAAAAAUCCACGCAGUCAUCUGUGAUUUGCCCAUUUUAAAUUUAGUCUAUAAGCACAAGUUUUGCAUAACACAGCUACUCAGUUAUUGUUCAGUGUGCUACGAAUUUCCUUUUUAUAUGUACAUACUGCUUUCGAUGGAAACAAUGCAAUAAACGAUUCAAUGAAAAUUACAAUACCUGAGGUAUGUUUAUACCAGAAACUUUAAGAGGCUGUAUGGUCGAGACGGACGUUUCUUCUUAUUUGCAAACAUCAUCAUCGGGGCAGGAUGAAUUUCACCCUUUUAUUGAGGCACUCUUACCGUACGUCAAAUCAUUUUCCUACUCUUGGUUUAAUUUGCAAGCCGCCAAACGAAAAUAUUAUAAGAAACAUGAAAAACGUAUGUCUCUGGAAGAAGAAAGACAUUGUAAAGAUGAACUCCAGAAUGAAAAGACUGAGGUGAAGCAAAAGUGGGCUUCCCGUCUUCUUGGAAAACUCAGAAAAGACAUUACACAAGAAAGUCGAGAGGAUUUUGUUCAAUCUAUAAUCGGAAAAAGAAAAUCAAUUUGUGUUCUCUCGAACCCCGAUCAAAAAGGAAAAAUGAGACGAAUAGACUGCUUAAGACAGGCUGACAAAGUAUGGCGGCUUGAUUUGGUCAUGGUUAUACUCUUCAAGGCGAUUCCAUUAGAAAGCACAGAUGGUGAGCGGUUAGAAAAAAAUCCGGAAUGCUUACAUCCAGGAUUAUGUGUAAAUCCGUACCAUAUAAACGUUUCUGUUCGAGAAUUGGACUUGUAUUUGGCCAACUUUAUAAAUACUCAUAAUUCAGUUAAUAAUACAAAUACGACUUUUUCGACUAAUCCGGGCGUAAGAUCGCCAAAUUUAACUAUUUAUAAUCGAAGUAAUGAUCCAAACCGAAAAGAUGAGGUCGCUGACAUGAAAAAUGAUGUCGUUAGACAAAAUCCAUAUAAUGGUGUAGUUUGUAAUGAUAUUAUUUUAGCAACUGGAGUAUUUUCUUCUCAAGAACUGUGGACCUUAUCCAAAGAUCUAAUUUUAGAUGAAUCAAAUGAUAUAAGUCUUAGCUCUAACCUUAUAAAGAGGGAGAACGUUGGAGCUACCUAUGAGUGUAAUACAUAUCAAAUUAACUCUGAACCUUCAAUAUCUGCUGCCCAGAGUCUGGUUCAAUCUGGGUCAAUUGUGGCUAAUCCGAUUCCACUUGGAUACAGCAUUGAUUUUAUAGAUCAGAGAAUUACACAAUUAUCGCAGAGUCCAUUGCAACGCACAGAAGGCACAAACGGCGAUGCCCAUGAUUCCAACAAAAUCGAUCAAAGCAGCCCACCGCCGAUUACAAGCACUGCAUCAGAUAAUGGCAUAAGUAGUUUUUCUUUGAUCGUAAGAGCUACUGAAAACUCAAUUGAAGAUCCAAAAACUUCCACGGACUCAUCCAUUUCCUUGCAUCGCUAUACGUCCUUAAAUAGUCGGACACUGCCCCAAGCUUUACCACAACAUAGUUGCUCCUUGUUACAUUCGAAUUCCACCAGUCCGACUAAUACCUUAUAUUACCCCCAGCAUAAUAAUACAAGACCAUCUCAACCAGCUUCCGUUGAGGAAGAAAAUCGUGCUGGCUCCGAUAAAUAUUCAACGGAGCCUCAAGAUAUUUCGGACUUUGUCACCUAUGUUUGUCAAGACACUAGUCAUACGACUACUAUAACAGGAUCAGCUGAAACCCAUUCAUUUCAACAUACACUCCCACAAGGACAUUCACCGCAUUUUCAAAUUCAUCAACAGCUGCGAACUGCAAAAUUGACAAAUUCACCGUCAACUCAUUAUCACAGUACAAUGCUUCCGCCGAUGCUGCCUCCAAUGGCUCGACCUGUAGCUAUAAUUCGCAGUAGCAGUGAUCUAACCCUAGUCCAAUCUCCACCUCCAUCUUUAGCGCUGACAGCCCAAUCUUCUAGCUUGAACAACCAUAGUUGUAUAGCGAAAAAUAGCUUGCAAACGGAUAAUAUUAGACUUGCAAGUAACCUAGACAACAGCAAUAGCCCCAAUAACACAGAUGUUGUUUCACACCACGAAAUGACAGGAACUAGAUCUCCUCAACCGCAAUCUCACGCACCGGCCUUAGCGAGUCCCCAAUCUUAUUUGGAUCCUGGAAGAUGUAAGCUGCUAUCAGCUGGCUCAAACAUAAGCAGAAUUACAACGCAAAUGUAUCCCUCGUCAAAUAAUAGAGAAUAUUUUAAUCACUUUCAUUCGCAGCCUACAUCGCUUUUGGGAUAUGCCGGCUCUAUUUCUACAAUGUCUGGAGUUAUAAGUCCAACAGACUUAACACUUUACUCAGCUCCAAUGGCUGUAUCACGUUCAAGUACCAGGACUAGAUGGAACGAAGAGGAGCAUAAUGUAAUUCCAACAUCUGUAUCUAGUACAAACAUGGAUAAUACCCAAGUUAUAUUAAUGGAAGACUCGACUGGACGUUAUAUAGAUGAGUAUUCGAAUCGUGACUAUGUUUCAUGAUCUAAGCUCAAUAAAAGAAAAGUCAUUAAACUCUUCGGCUUGGGCAUGCCAAAAUGUUGACUAGAAAAUCAGUAAUUAAGAAGAGUACCUUAAAUAAACACAUAAAAUUCUA